AUGGAUAAGUUAAAGUUGUAUUUUGAUGGAGCUUCAGUUGAUAAAAUCCUUAGAACCUCAGUAAGUCUUUUUGGUAGGGAGGAUAGGUUUUGUUGGCCUUUCAGAUUGGAUGGCAUUUACACCAUCAAAACGGGAUAUCAUGUUGCUCGGAAUGAAAAGAGCCUACAGAACAAUAAUCCAUCCACUAGUGUAGACUUAAAGUUCUUACGGCAGGAGAUCUGGAAUUUAAGAGAACCAGAGACCAUUGAGCAUGCAUGGCUACUAUGUCCCUGGACUAGAGCGGCUUGGUUUAUAGCACAAAUUCAAUGCUGUCAUAUGGCCCUAACAGUUUCUUCUUUUGAGAAGUGGAUGAUGGAACUUCUAGGAAAAAUGAGGUUGAAUGCAGGGGCUAUUUAUGAUCUAGUUUGGGAGGUGUGGAAAGCGAGAAAUCUAGCAAUAUAUCAGAAGAUCAAUCCUAAUCCUAUAAUGGUGAUUCACAAGGCUAAACUAAUGGAGCUAGAAUUUGCGAAAAUGAUAGAAGAACCAGUAAAGCAUGCAACUACUUCUGUGGGUGCUACGGCUGCAGUAUUCAGAGAUCAUAAUAGAACCCUCCUCUCAGGAAUUAACUCCACCAUAGUUGUGGCCUCGCCAUUGGCUGUGGAAGCAUUAGCAGUUAGGGCAGCGUUAAUUAUGUCACAGAAUUUUCUAAUGCAAAAGGUUAUCAUAGAAUCAGACAAUCAGAUUCUCAUUCAAGCACUAAAGUCACAUGCAUCAGUGGCAGAAAUUCAAGUUGUAUUAGAUGAUAUUCGACAUUUAACAAGAGGCAUUCCAAAUUGUGGUUUUACCUGGGUGCCCAGAGAAGCAAACUCAUUAGCGCAUGAGGUGGCAAGACUCACACAUCAGGGAGCUCUCCACCAAAAUUGGGUCAUGCAUAAGCCAAUUUCUAUAAGGAACAUCCUCCGCAAGGAUAAUUUGGCUGUCUCAAUGUUGGGAAACAAUUCUUGA